UGGCGGCGCGGUGGAGUGGGAAAGACGGGGAUUUAAAUGCUGGCAACAGCGACUUUCUGACCAGCAACACUCCCAAUGAGUUGGUCCUCAGUAAAAUGGGAGGCGUGGAGAUGGACACCCAGUCCUGUAUCGAUCACUCCAUCCUGGCCAUCUUUGAAGACUCCAGUGUCUCCUCAGAGUAUAAGAGCGGGGCGGAGGAAGAGAGUGAGACUCUGCUGUCGGCUCUGACCGAGAUGCUGGACAGUGUGGAGGAUGACGACGAGACUCUGUCUCCCUUCAACACCCUGCCAGACACCAAGCUCCUCGCCCACCCAGAGCGCAGGGACACCUCAGUGGAACUAUUACUUGCUGAUCGACUUAGACCAAGAUCCAAAUCACCAAGUGUAACAUUCACAAUGAAGAUUAAUGGAGAAAAAGAAGAUGAGAGCAAACUGGGGAGAACCAGUCCUCAACAGCUGUUCAAGCAACAGAGUCAAACAUUGUUUCACUCCACGAAUAAGAAAGCGGAUGCCGAAGUUUUCACCUCGACUUAUCUCGUCAACCUGGUGAAGCUCAUGCACCCGUACUGCCUGAAGCUGCACGUGGAGGAGGAGGAGGAGGGGGAUGAACUGAGAGAGAAUCACACGGUAUUCUCUCAGGAAGAGGUGUGGAAGUAUGAGAGACCCAGUGAAGACAGCGAUGAAGAGAUAAACGUUGUGUCUGAUGAUGAGGUAACGGUGGACGACCCAAAGGAGGAAGAAGAGGAGGCUGAAAAGAGCUAUAACAUCCUCUUGAAGAGUGUGCUGCUGAAUGGGAACAUAUCCAGAACUCCACCACCCACAGAGAAGAAACAGGUGAGCUUUGGCUCCGUUCAAGUGGCUUCAUUUGAAUCAACAGAGAAAGGAUCGAUGGAGAGUAAUUUAACAACCGGGCCGACAAGUGAGACUGCAUCAGUGCCACUGAACAGCUCCGAUGCACUUGACACUCCAGCUGGCUCAGCACUCGAACCCCAAGCUCUGCCCUCAGAAAUGAGCAGCGACAAGACGUCAGCUCUGCCUCUUAGAGGUGAGACGAAGGUCAAAUCACUCAGCCUCCAGCAGUACAGACAGCUGCGGCAAAAGAGGCUGCCUCUGGUGGAGAAAGAGAGGAACUACACCACCAUGUGGCCCUGUGUUUCUGAGGCGCCCACGGAGCUGACCCCCAUCCUCUGUUUACAAGGUCAAAGACCAAACAGCUGUGCACCAAACGAAGCACACCGACUUCCCGAUGGGAGAAGAAGUGGUGCUGAUCCGCUCCAUUUAUCUCAAACUCCAGGUCACAAGACCCACUGCGUCUCUGCUCCGCCCACGCCUCACCCCCCACAGCCCAAACCAUCCACUCGUCCACAGCGCAGCGGAUUGAAGCACUCGAGAACCGAAUCCAAAAUGGUUUCCUCUGCCAAUCUGCAGCCAAAGGUCACCGCUAACCCAAAUGUUACCACGCAUGAAAGCAAAAAAAGUCCAGUAAAGAAACCAACACUGUUGAGUAGCGAUCCCCCAAAUCCUGUCCUCCUCCCUCGACCAGUUAGCCAAACAACAUCACCGGCCGCUGACCCCUCUUCAUCCUUAUCCAAGUCCAAAGUGGAGUUCCUCAACAGAGACUCCAACCGUGACGACACGAGACACUUUCCAGAAAUGCUAAAUGAAUCCUCAGGCACAUCUCUUCAGAGACAGCCAGCCUCCUCGGGUCCAACGCCUGAGGUGUUGUUAGUAAACCAGCGCUGCACCACCCUCCAGGAAUUUAAACAAAGGCUGGCUGAGAUCGCUUCGGGUGUCUCCGCCGGUCCUCCAGCACGGUGCCAAACCGCAACACGAAUCAAAUCUGCCUCAGAGUGCAAGGAACUGCAGCCUCGGGGAUGCAGUUCGACCUCGACUCGGGAAGAAGCCCAGCUGCAACCAAAGUCCGCUCCGUCGCCAGGUCCAGACACAGUGAGGCGAAUAAAGUGUCCUUCCAUCGCUGGUCCUGUGGACUCUCCCGAACCGGUCGAGGGGAGAUGGUCAGAGGGUCACCUCAGUGGGUCCACGUCUGAGGAACCAACGGCCACUCUGCAGUUGGUCUGUAGAGAGCCGAGUGCAACAGCUGACUCAGGGAUUGAAGCACCGGAUCUGACCAGCCUGCUGGAACAGUUUGAGGAAACACAAGCUAAAGAGGAGAACGAGCCCGAGUCCAAACUCGCUCCUUCACAGUCAAACCUACGAACGGCGUCUGCGUUAACGCAGAGAGCCUCCGUGGAAACACUUGAACCGUUGAGCACUUCAGAAUCACCCGGGAGUCCAGCAACCGUCGGGAGGUCGCCGCCCCUCGGCACGGACAUCGUCCUCAGCGCUCAACAAGAUCCGCCAGCAAGACGCAGAACUCCUCCGUCCAAGGCCAUCCAGAUAAUCGACCCCCGUCCUCUCCCGUCCAAGAAGGCGCACGGCGGCCCCCCGGCUGCUCACAUCCCUCCUCGCGUGUAUUCAUCCGUGUCCUCCGAUCACGAUUACUGCGCGUCCGCGGACCGCUCGGUAACCGGCGCCGCGCAGCGCAGCAGAGCCUCUAAACCCAAGGAUGUGUCUCAGACCUCCGAUGAGGACCAGGUGGCGACCCACGACUCGAGCGCCGCCGCUGAGUGCAAAAACCCGACCUCGGCCUGCGAGCUCGGCGACGCCGUCGGAGCAGUUCUGUCCUCCGCAGCGACGCAGCGUCUCGCCGAGCGACCCGGGACCCGAUCGGAGACGAGCCCGGCCGCAGCCGUCGUUCCCACAGCGCCGCGCCGCGUCCGCGCCGCCGAAGACGAGACGGUGUCGUGCACGCUCCCCACACCUCCACCCAGCCCCCCCGCCAGAGGUAGGGAGAAAAGGAGAUAUCGGAGGAGAUCUCCUCGUUCGGACUCCAGCUCCUCUUCCUUGUCGUCGUCGUCCUCCUCCAGCUCUGCAUCUCCCUCUCCAAAAAGACAAAAGCGCCGCCACAAGCGCCGCCACAAGCGCUCAGAGAGCAGUUCGUGUUCGUCGUCGUCGCCCUCUCGCUCCAUUUCCGGCUCCCCGAGUCGCCGCUACAGGUGGUCCUACUCGAGGUCGAGCAGGUCUUGGUCCCAGUCUAGGUCCACAUCCAGAUCCAGAUCACCGUCCACGCGGGUUUGCCGUAGACAGUGGGCCGACGUUUACAGCAGAGAGUCCAGGAAGCUCAGGAGGGAGCACGAGAUCAGGAUUCAGAAACUGAAAGCCAUCGACGAGCGCAGGGUGGUGUAUGUCGGCCGCAUCCGCAGGUCCAUGACGCACGACGAACUGAGGGAGCGCUUCUCUCAGUUCGGAGUUGUGGAGUGUGUGUCGCUUCACUUUAGAGAGAGAGGUGACCACUACGGCUUUGUCACAUUCUACAACACGGACGACGCUUUCGCGGCCAUCGAUAACGGCGGGAAACUAAGGAAGCCGGAUGAGCUGCCGUUUGACAUCUGCUUCGGCGGAAGAAGACAGUUCUGCAACUCGCACUACGCCGACCUCGACGCCAACAGAGAUGCAGAACCGGCUCCGGCCAAGCCCAGGUCUGAGGACCUGGACUUUGAUUCGUUGCUGAAACAGGCCCAGAGAGGAUUAAAGAGGUAGCAUCAGAACCUCACUUAACGCAACGCAGGUGAAAACGGGUUUCCUUCAUGAACCUCAGAGCGUCACGCUCGUACUAAUGUAGCAAAUGUUUGUAUGUCUUUUUUUAAAUAUAUAUAUUUUGACUAAUAUUCAUGCUGUUUCUGAUGUGUACAGCUGAUAUGUACAAAUAUGAUGUAUAGUUAUCUACAAAUAUGAUGGAUACAGUUAUCUACAAAUAUGAUGUGUACAAUUGAUAUGUACAAAUAUGUAGUGUUUAUUUGACAAUAUUUUAUCCGUGGAACCCACGAAAAUGUUUUGUUUCAUUCCACAACACGUAUAAAGUUCUGAAUAUUUGUAUAUAUAUAUAUAAUAAUAAACGCUCUUAAAUGUU